UAUAAUGGAAAAUCCCCAUCAGCCAGAACAAAGACCAUGAGUAGGGUAUUGGACAGACCUCAUUCAGAGGAACUGGGCUCUGAAAGAACUCAAAAAUAAGUGGGUCUUCGAAGACAUUGACUUCGGAGACGAUCAGAUUGAGCAGAGGUAUCAAGACCAUCGGCUCAAAGCAAUCAGGACCAACUGGAGGUUUAUCCUACUACUGUUUAAAAUAAAAUGCUUUACAAUAGCAGCUUGCUUCCAGUUCAGAGAGGGCAUACCUCUGUUAGAAAGAAUCGGUCCAGCCAUAAUGCUCGUCCUUGUUUUCGUGCUAGAGUAUUUCAUCAAAAGAAACACAAUGAUAGCAAGGUAUGGUGCGAUUCUCUAUAUUAUCUGCCUUGGAGUUUUGAUGAUCAAGGUAAACCUUGAAUUCGUUCAGCCUAAACUUUAUGAGGGAUUCCUGUUUCAUCUUUCAGUGUCCUUCUUACUAUCCACUUGCCUCAUCUCAGACUGGAGAGUGUCCUCAGUGGCUAUAAUGGCGGUCUACGCUAGUCUGUAUGUAGUCCUGACUAAUCAUUACGAAUCCGUUCCAGUCUCUUUGACAUUUGCAUUGGCGUCUUCCUUAGUCGUAUUUGGAUUUAAUGGAUUCCUGAUUUCAAAAAAUUUCAAGCAAGAAUUUUUGUCUGCAUUUAUUGCCAAGCAAGCUUCUUCUCAGCUGAAGAAAAUUCUGGAGGUCUUGCCUGAAGGAGUCACUAUCAUGGAUGAGCAAGGAAAUGACCUCAAGUUUAUAAACAAGAAACUCAAGCAGACUUUCGAUGUUACACUAUUUCAUAAAGUUAACAAAGAAAACUUGGAGGUGGCUAAAAUCAAAGAUUUUAUGGAUAAAUCAUUUGAUGAAAUCUAUCGUAGAGUGGCUAAGGACACUUCAAAUUCAGAAGAUGGCAAGCUUCUGACAAAUAAUAUCCUGAAUAAUUUCGUGAUCAAGGUACAGAGACAGAAAGUUGAAGAAGGUAAAGGAGAUGACCCAGAUGUUCAAGUUGAAGAGCAAGAAGAAGUUUCAUUACCUCAUUUUCUUCAGCAGGAAAGAGAACUUUGUCGUACUGAUCAGGAUAAUCAAAGAUGCACCAAAGUCUCGAUUUUAUAUGAUGAGAGUCAUCUUCAGAGAAACAUUGAGUACUUAAAGAGGGAUUUUGUAGUAAAGACUUCAAAAAUUGAUGUUGUCAAUGACCUCGAAACGUGACCUACUUUCCUUCAAAUGUUUAUAGACACAACCCAGAUUACUCAGCUAGAAGAAGCCAAAGCCCAGAGCAACUACCAGCGCCAGAUGCUCUCGAAUGUGUCCCACGAGUUCAGGACUCCCCUCAAUGCAAUGUCGCUGUCUCUGUACUUGAUGAAGGACCACCUGACUGAGGAUUGGGCCAAGUACCACAAGAUCGCUUCAUCGUCGUGAGACAUUCUGAAAGGCCUUGUCGAAGACAUCCUGGACUUCUCAAAGAUCGAAGCAGGAGUGUUCGAAGUACAGGAGUCCACGUUUACUUUUCAGCAACUGUUUGAUGAAGUGAACUCCAUCUUCGAAAUGCAGACUCGCAUGAAGAGGAUCGACUUGAGUUUCAAAAUGGAAGAUGUGUUCGACGAACUGGAAAUCAAAUCAGACAAAGGAAGGCUCAAACAGAUUUUGUUAAACCUGUUGUCAAACGCUUUGAAGUUCACGGACAGAGGCUACAUCGAAGUUGAGUUGAAAAUGCAAGAAGCUAGAAAAACCACCCAAGAUGAGAUCAAAGAUUGCGAUAUUACUGAGCUUUUCUCGUCUGGAUUAAUUGAAGAAAUGCCGGUAUGUAAUCUCCUGCUUGUAACAGAUAAUUACACGUCAGUUCCAAAUCCAUCAAAGUUCAACACAGAAUAUGACGCUGAUGAGAAUCAAAAUGUAGAAAUGCUGCAAGAUCAAAACCAUGAAGAAGAUUUUAUACCAUCAGAAUUUACUAAGGAACUGAAGGUUGAACUCAGUGUAACAGACACUGGAAUUGGAAUCCCUGAAAGAGACCUUCCUUCACUAUUCAAAGUAUUCGGAAAGACUCGAUCAAAUCAUAACAGAAACCAGACAGGCACUGGGCUAGGGCUGACAAUAUGCAAGAAGUUAUGUGAGAAAUUAGGUGGAAAUAUCAUGCUCAACUCAAAAGAGGCAGUUGGUACCAAAGUAACUUGAUAUUUUACAUGCCUGUAUUAG